AUGGUCGCCAUCCUCGCAGACCACCUCGCCGUCAACGACGGGCCCUUGACCUCUGAGAAUGCCGCUCUCCUCCGCCCAUCCGACCCAACCCUUCCCCUCGAGGAGCUCCGCAAACGAUACGAAGAAGACGGCUACCUGUUCCUCAAGCAGGUCCUCCCACGCCAGGACGUCCUCGCCGCCCGCGACGAGUAUUUCUCGUCGCUGGCCCCCACAGGCGUCCUGAAGCCCGGCACUGCGCCGGUCGAGGGUGUCUUCGACCCGGCCAAGAGCCACGAAGACUACCCGGGGAUUGGAGCGGGGCACGCCGAGGGCAACGGAAAACCUGGCGGCGACCGAGCGGCGCAGUUCGUCGACCUCGCGCUUGAGGCGCACUACAAGGACUGGUAUGCGGAGAAGUUUUGUAACCACCCCGCGCUGUUUGACUUUGUUGCGCAGUUCUCGGGCUGGGGCCAGGAUACCCUGAGUCUGCGCCGUACUCUUCUGCGCAAUAAUAUCCCCGGCUCGAAGCCCAUUGGCGUGCACUAUGAUCAAAUCUUCUUGCGCCAUGGGGACCCCACUAGUGUCACGGCUUGGGUGCCUAUGGGAGAUAUCAAGCUUAAUGGCGGAGGCUUGAUCUACCUGGAAAAUGGUGACAAAGUCGGAUUGGAGAUGGAAGAGGCCUUUUUCAGAAAAGCCAAACAGGCGGGUCUGUCAGAUGAGGAGGCCAGGUCUGCUUAUAACUCGAACAUGAUGUCGACCGGGUUGCUCUCGGAGCGUCCGGCUGAGUUCGCCCAGGAACAUGGCCGACGCUGGCUGGCGUCAGCCUACGAGGCAGGGGAUGUUGUCUUACACAAACCUCAUGCGAUUCACGCAUCUACUAUCAACAAUGACCCCGGCAAUGUUAUCCGCCUGGCAACGGACCUUCGGUUCUGCGACUCCUCGAAGCCAUAUGAUAAGAGGUGGAUGAACUUCUAUCGCUUUAAUGACGGUGUGUAA